AUGAUCACUAUCAUCAUGUCUGUUGGAUUUUCUGUAGACUACUCUGCCCACAUCGCUUAUGGAUAUGUAGUGUCAAAAGAACAACAACCUUGUGAGCGAGUUCGCGAUGCCUUGGGCGAUCUUGGAUGGCCUGUCGUCCAAGGUGCUACUUCUACUGUGUUGGCUGUAGCUGUGUUGGCCGAUGUGCCUGCCUACAUGAUUUUGCACCUUGAGCUCAUUCGUAGGAACUAUUUGCAAGAGGAUCAGUGCUACUUAGUAAAUUACGUUAUGGCACAUUCUAAUAGCAAGGCCGUAACAGCUGGCCUGAAAGAACAAGAAAACCUCAACCAUUAG